AUAAUCGAUGGCGCUAACUACGUAUUUAUGUUUUAACCACACGAAAUUUCUUCUUGUAUCAUGCAAUUUUAUUUUAACUAUGUUGUUCUACCUAGCUUGACAAUUAUAUUUAGCUGUUCUUACUAACAGCCAUCUUUGAAAAUCAUGAAAUGAACGCUAGCUCGAAGCUAGCCGCAAAAGAUGUAGCUUCUGGUGCUGUUUCCAUAGUGAUGAGCCUCUUUUUUUUAAACUUAUUAGCUUUUCUCGAUUCAUUUUUCGUCUUUUGGGGUUUGAUUGUGUGGUGAUGUCAUCGAAAUUCCAUCUUUCUGCGCCUCCGCGUUCUGGAUUUGCUACUGAUGAAGAUGUUUCAAGUUAUAAAGCUGCAGCAAGAGAUCAACAAGCAGAAGCUAGAACUCGCAACACCUCCCUGAGACUGAGCAGUCUGACGCUGGAUGAGCUGCGUGAGGAACUUGAAAGACGAACAGAAGAAACCCAAAAACUGCAAGAGGAGGUUGAAGAUGCAACCAGAGAGACUCUGAAGACACUUGGCUGCACUUACAGUUUUCCUGGACAAUGCUGUCUCAGUCAUGACUCAUCUGAAGAUCCCCCCACUGUUUCAGCCCACCAACCGAGGAUGACUCAGCCUCUGGUCUGCAGCCUGGAUACUUUAAAACAGAAGGUGGUCGAGAAAGACAGAAGCUCCUAUGAAAAAGAAGAACUAGGAAAUGCAAUAAAUAAUCAUCUUCAACAGCUGUCUGAUUUACAGCUCAACAAGAUAAGUGAUCAACCUGGGAAAGACACGUUUAGCCCCCAAAGAGCCAUCAUGAACCUCCAGGCUGAGCUGCAUGAUCUCCAGUUGGAGAAAGAUGUCGUGUCUGACCUGAGGACGGAGGACCUGAUUACAAUUCUUGACCAGGAGGUGGCGAUGUUGACCAACAAACUGAGUUCAUCUAAAGACAGCGGAGUCAGCUUGUGUGCAAAGUUAGAUCUGCUGAAAAAAGUGACAGAAAGGCAGACAUCACUGCACCAGUGUCAGAUCAGUGAACUCCAGUCAACCCUGUCCAGCUACAAAGAUAAGGUUUGUUAUCUGGAAAAGAAGAUCCUUGAAACUGAGACUCACCUCUUUAGCUCUUGGAGGGAAAGAGAACGAUCUCUUCAGCAGGCAAAAGACCUUCAGUCCCAACUCGGUCAACAUAAGGCCUGCUGUGAGCGGCAGCAACUUGAUCUCCGUGAGGAUGCCGAGAUCCUGAGAGGACAGCUGGAGGUGGCCAGGGAGCAGCUAUUCAAAGCUGGGGAGGAGAAAACCUGCCCACAAUUCCUGCUGGAGCAGAAAGCCCAGGAGGUGAAGAAAUUCCAGAAACUCCUGCAGGAAAAAGAGGAGGAACUUUGCUUCAGGCAGCAUCAAACCCAGCAGCAUCUUGUGAGUUUGGAAGAUGCUCAGACUCGGUGUCGGACUUUGCAGACUGAGCAAGUAAACCUGCAGCUGAAGCUGAACGACAGAGAGCGGAUGGGAAGCAGCACCCAGAUGACACAACAACACAGACACACGAUUGACAGCCUUCAGCAGGAGAACAGCCUCCUCAUCAGCCAGCUCAACCAACACAAGCUGGAGAUUCAGCAGCUCCGAGCGGAGUUGGUCCAGCAGAAGUCCAACCUGGCUUCUGUGGAGCGUCACAGGGGACAGCUGCAGGCCUCUGUUACUGAGCUGAGUCAGUGUGUCGGAGAGGAGACUCUGAAGAAGGAGCAAGUCACCACGCAACUGGAGCUGCAGCGUGUGCAGUUAACCAGUUUAACCAAGGAGCACGAAGAGCUGCAGCGGCUCCACAGCUGUAAAGAUGAUGAACAUCAGGGUGUGGUGCUGAAGCUCCAGAGUCAGCUGAGCGGCGCCCAUGAUGAGCUCGAUAAGAUCAGACGCACCCUGAGGACCCUCCAAGGCGUGGAGAGAAACGGUCUUCAGGUUGCUUUGGACAUGCAGAAGGAGAUCACUGCCAGAAGAGAGCAGGUCGACUCUCUGCAGGGCAAAAUCCAGCAUCUGGAGGGGGAGGUGGAGAAACUGCAGCAGGAAAAACGCCAUCAAAAACUGGAGAGCCACCGUCAUCUCCAGGAAGUCACAUUCAUCAGAGAGGAGAAGAGGCAACUCGCUGGUGAACUGAAGGCUCUUCGCUCCAAAGAUCAACAGUUAAAGGAGAGGAUCGAUGAGCUGGAAGCAAUCCUUCACAAGAUGUCAGAAAGCUUUACAAACUGUCAGGAUUUCCUCCAAGUGAGCGAGCAGGAAUAUUUCCGUUUGAAACUCCAACACGCUCUGGACUUGAAGGAGAUCCAAGGUCAGAAUUUCUCCGCUCCAGCUGAUCUGGACUCCCACAUUCCAUCUUCACAGACGGCUCCACCCUCCUCCCAGAUUAAGAAGCAGCAGGAGCAUUCCACCUGCGAGCUCAGAUCUAUCGUCAGGCAGCUGCGAGGAGCGAUUUCAGAGAGCCACAGCCCACACACCGAUGAGAACGCGUCUGACUGCGGCUUCCACAGGAGGAGGUCCGCUCCAGAGAAAGAGCACAGAACCACAUCCAGCACUGAACAAGUUCAGUUUUGCUCCCGAUUGAGGAGAGAGACCUGCGGCAGUGAGCCACUUUUCCCGACAGCAGAGCCAAAUGAGCGGUUAAUCAGCAAAAGAGAGGGUGAGAAUCAAAAUUUAUUUAUAUGUAACAAUGUUCUUGUGUCUGUCUCCCAUUUUUCUCUGAAAAUGCACCAUUCACCUUGUUCCAGUUAUCUAAAUCUAUUUAAAAUGUUAUUUUAAAAUAAGUUAUAAAGGAAUCAGACAAAGAAGGGAAGCUAAAUUCUUACCAAAAUAAUAAGGACUCAGAAUACAAUAAUGCUAAUAAACCAAUAUUAUUUAUAAUCAUAAAUUAUGCAUGCUUUGACUCUUCCAGGCCGUUGUAGAUCAACCCCGGUAACUCCAGUGAAGUACACCAGCUUUCCUCAGAUUCUCUCGCUGGGUCGUAAGUCACCAGUCCACACCCUCCUGACAUCUGACCCAAUCAGCUGACACAAAGUUUGACUGGUUUAUUACCAACCUAACGCUAAGUUAACUGAUCUUUAUCAAUUAUGUUUGUUUAAGUUCCACAGAUGAAGUGCGUUGUCAGAAGACGUUAAUGUAUUAAAAUAUUUGAUCAUGUAUAUUUUUUACCUUUUUAAAUUAAAUUACUGAAAAUA